AGGUAGCAGGCGCCCGGCGCUGUGGCUGGUUGUCUCCUCUCCUGCGAGGAGGGGAGAAGCAUCGCCGCCGCCGCCAUGAUUGCUGCUCCUGGCAGAGCCUGAGUCACCAGGGCGUGCCUCCCUCAUCAUCCUGUAUUGUUAUCGGCGCUCUCCUCAGACGGGUGGCGCACUUCUUCUCCCCGGCAGCCGGCAUCCCACCACCACACGCAGCUCCCGCCGGUCCCUCAGCAACCGACAGCCGCCAUGGAGGACCAAUCCUCGCUUGUCUCAUCCAGCCGCGCCGGCCAGGAUGCUCCCGAGACGCCGGAGGAGGAGCACUACGGGCGGCGGUGGACUGAUAUGGACGACGUGCUGGACCUGACCGGGGGAGCCGGACAGUUCUCUCAUCACCCCACCUUCUCCAUCUCCCCACCGGUCAAGCCCGCGGAGGAGGACGACGAGGAGGACCGGAGGAGCUACUCAGACAGCCUGGAGCCGUCACCGGAGGACGAGGAGCCCGACAGCAUCGGCAGCAGCGUGCGUGUCGCACCGGCCAUCACCCCCAGCGCGCCCCUGGCACCGGCCAUAACCCCCAGCGCGCCUGAGGAAGAGCCCCACCGGCCGGCCGCACCGUCAUCCGGCUCAGUGGAUGUGAACCUCUUUCCUCUUCCUGCUUCAUCUGCUCCUCUGAUGCACUCCUCUGCAGCCCAUGUAAUGGAUUUCCAGCAGCCUUCUGGUACUGUGUCGGCUGGCCAAGAGGAGCUCUCAUCUCUGCUGCUUCAGUCUACUUCCCUUCCUCCUUUGUUUCCUCUUUCUCCUGAUUAUUCUAAAGAUCGUGCUUUUCCUGCUGACUCUACUGCACCUGAAGCUUUGCAAGGCACCGUUAGUGAUGUGUAUGCGCUAUCACAGUCCUUAGCGGGCUCUUCUGUAGUGGGGAAGUUUGGUCAUGACAUGGAGACUGACUAUUCUGAAGUAGGCUACAAGCACGCUCCAGGUGACACAAAGGAAGACUUGAUCUUUUCUGAAAGGGGUCAUGCUGUUGAACACCCCACGUCACAACCUGAGACUCUGUAUGGAGACUACACGAAAGUAUACACGCAGUCUGCUAAGGAAACGUUUUCUGGAAUGCUAAAAUCUGUGGGGCCACCUCAUGAAGAGUUUGCAGAUUUCAAAGAAGGUCAGGAUGAACAGUAUGUUGAUUUCAAGCCAUUUAUGGGCACAAGGGCUUAUGAAAUGGAUUAUGAACCUAAGUACGUGGCUGUUGAUCUUAAAAGUAAUAUUAGUGCUUUGAAUUUUGAGUCUAUUGUAAAGCCAGAGGAAAAAUAUAGCGAAGAAAAGGAUCUAGACCUAUCUGAUGAUAUUUCGCCAGUGUCGCCCGAUGCCAUCUCUGAUUCUUCAAAUUAUGAACCUUCUGCUCCUUUGCAACAAACCAGUCCUCUGGGCUUUCCAGCGAGUCCAGCUUCUGGGAACAAGACUGAUGAGGAGAAAAAGAUGGAAGGAAUUGAAACUCGCAUGGCUUUUUCUCACCUAGGCUCAAACAUUGCGACCGUUAACCCAUUCUUUGAACCCGUUGACCGAGAAGGUGGCUAUGUCACAACUCAGAGUGCAUCUGGGAAUGCCGUAACACAGGUGCCUAACAAGCCAGAAGGGCUUACCCCAGAUAUUGUGCAAGAGGCAUAUGAAAGUGAAGUCUACGAGACUGGCAUACCAAAGCUUGCUUACGAGCCUAAAAUAGAUCUGGUUCCGACUGCUGCUAAAACCUCCGUGGAGAAUGUUAGUCCGACAUUACAAAACACACCUCUAUUUGAAGAUUCAGAUGCUGUAUCCUCACCAGUUUUGCCUGAUAUUGUCAUGGAAGCACCUCUAACGUCCGCCCCUGUUGGUUUAAAUACUAUGGCACCCCAGCCUGAUGUUUCCCCAGUCAGACAUGUGACCCUUGUCAGUGAGGAAAAGAUCAAGUUUGAAUCUGAAAAGCCACCAUCGUAUGAAGAAGCUACAAAUAAAGGGAGUGUGCAAGAUCAACGCGUUCCUGCACCUGUUAAGACCAAGGAGGAGUCUCCAGUUGAAGAGCCUGAAACACCCUACAUAUCCAUAGCAUGUGACUUGAUAAAGGAAACCAUACCGGAACAGUUGGCAAAAGAUUUUUCAAAGGCACUCAAGACCGAGUUUGACUCCCACUUUACUCCACACUUUGAUGACAGCUCUCCAGAGUCUGAACAGAGUGAACCAUCCUACAAACACUGGGAGGCAGAAACUAUCAAAAAGGAUUCAGCCACAGCUGUCCUAGGCACUGUAAAGUCACAAGACUUUACUCCAGAAAAGGAACCUGAAAGUAUUCCAAAGUGGAAAGAGCUUCCUCCCAGCAAAGCCUACCUAGAGUCUUAUCAGCCCACGUCCUAUCUCUCAGAGGAUACUGAUCUUCUAGCAGAUGAAACGGUUACCAAUACGUCCAAUCAAGAGAAGCCUUUGCAGAUGGAAGCGUUUGGAAAAGCUGUAUUUUCUGAAGAUUUGUUGCCAAUAACGGCACCAUCGCAUUUUGGAAAGCCCGCUGCUGUUGCGUUUGCAGAUGAAAUCGUUCCGAAAGUUCCCAGAGGUGAGCAAGUUAAAGAGAAAGAAGGUAGGCAGCAGGAAGACCGUAGUCUGAAAGAUCAGCCCAAGAAAAAGGAAGAUACGCAGGACAGAGUAAAAGAAAGCAUUCCAAGCUCUGAUAAGGGUGGUCAUGUUAAAAAAGAAGCGUUUGGGACAGAGCUUGACGAACCGGUCUCCCGGCCUCUGCCUCCUGCAAAGGACCCAACCAUUGGCACUCCGUCCAGUAAAGAAAAGCAAGAAAGCAAAGAUCCUUCGGUUCCUGCUCCUUUGGUCUCUUGUACUUUCCAGACUUCAGUUGUCGACCUCCUGUACUGGCGGGACAUUAAGAAGUCCGGAGCGGUGUUUGGAGCCAGCCUGUUCCUGCUGCUGUCUCUAACCGUGUUCAGCAUCGUCAGUGUGAGCGCAUACAUUGCCUUGGGCCUGCUCUCAGUCACCAUCAGCUUUAGAAUAUACAAGGGGGUCCUGCAAGCCAUUCAGAAAUCCGACGAAGGACAUCCGUUCAAAUCCUACUUAGAGUCCAAUGUCGCUGUGUCUGAAGACCUUGUCCAGAAAUAUUGCAAUGUUGCCCUGGGACACAUUAACUGCACACUUAAGGAGCUCCGGCGCCUCUUCCUGGUGGAGGACCUGGUGGAUUCUCUGAAGUUUGCAGUGUUGAUGUGGGUAUUCACCUAUAUUGGUGCCUUGUUCAAUGGCCUGACCUUGCUGAUCCUGGCGCUGAUUUCCUUGUUCAGUAUUCCAGUCAUUUAUGAAAGACAUCAGACUCAAGUUGAUCACUACUUGGCGCUCAUAAGCAAGAAUGUUAAAAGUACAACAGACUUGAUCGUCUCUAAAGUUCCUGGACUGAAACGCAAAACCGAAUAACCGCUACUAAUAAAUAAACACAAGUUUGCUGCAGAUACCAAUAGGAUCCUCUGAAUUUGGGCGCUGUGGAUUUGGAUUACGUGGGUCAGGGCUUGACAUUGCCGUGCAAUUUCCCAGAUCUCUACUUUUUUUUUAUUCUUUGCAAUGCAGUGUUUAAGGAAGAAACUGUUCUCUGCCAUGUGUUUUAUUCUAAGUAUUGUAAGCUGCUAUGUAUGGGUUUGAAACUAUUUUAUUUUUUUCUGUUUCUCCUGUGUGAAGCACCAUUUAAUACAGAACUGUUUGUUCAUAGCAUGCUGUAUAUUGUGCUUCAGAAGUAGUCUUACUGCGCUUCCAUGGGCGUGAUGUUAACCAGCUCUUGCACUGUUCCGAACAAUAAGUUGAGAUUUCCACAAUGAACCACGUUGGUGUAGACCAGGCAUCCAAUGCAUUGCGCUCUGCACUUCCAGCACUGAGCCGGCUGCAAAACACAACCCCCCUUCCCUCCCCUCCCCUCCCUUGUAUGUCAUACCUAGAGACACCAUGGCUUCUGGCCGGUAUGAUAGUAGCUAUAGCUCGUGAUUUUAUUCUUUUUAAUUGCCAAUAUCUAUAGUGUUUUCGGAGAGCCCAGCUCUUUCAGUCCCCUCCCACAAUGCUUUUCAAUUUGUUUUUUGUUUUAUUUGUAGAAGAAAAAAAAAUCUGACCUUGUAACUGCUGGCUGUGAUAGCACAUAUACGUAACGGAAAUCUACUUCUAGAAACACUAGUGCGUAAGGAGCAACCGAAUAAUGUAUACCAGUAUAGGAAUUACACGUUAUCGCUCAGUUCUUUGUUUUUGUAAUUUUUUGCGCAAACACAUUUACAGUCACUUGAACUUUCUGUGGACCGAGUAGUAAAAUGCUGCAAAUUUGUUUGAGUGAAAAAGUCGAACUUGUUGCAAAAGAAAAUAUAAAGUGUUUCACAGAUGCAGGUAUGUGCGGAAGCAAGUCUUGGGAAUGCAUUGUGAUAAUGUAAAAACAAUAAAAAGAACAAAAAAAAUAAACAAGUAUCAAUAAAGCUUGUAGACCUUAA